AUGCCUACUUCUAACUCAAUCCGAUUCAAUGAUCGCGUGGCUAUUGUCACUGGCUCUGGUCGCGGCCUGGGACGUCAAUACGCCCUUCUUCUCGGUGCUCUGGGAGCUUCCGUGGUUGUCAACAGUACUACUCCUCAUACGACUCAGGCAACUGUAAACGACAUCGUCAAUGCCGGAGGCAAAGCAGUCGCCUGCGUUGGUAGCGUCUCAGACGAAAGCGUAGCAAAAGCCUUGGUGGAUAAGGCUAUUGAUGCUUUUGGGAGGAUCGACAUCAUCAUCAAUAACGCCGGUGUCUAUGAGGCAAUGCCAUUUGAGCAGACUACUUCUGCUUCGUUGCGAGACCUGCUUGCUAUUCACGUUGAGGGUUCAUACAACCUAACACGUGCGGCUUGGCCGCACAUGCAGAAGCAGAAAUAUGGUCGAGUCUUGAUGAUAACCUCUCAUUCUGUAUUUGGCAUGCCUGGCACUUCUUUAUAUGCUGCUGCCAAACUUGCUGUUGUUGGUUUAGCCAAAACACUCGCCGUUGAAGGAGAGGCAUACAAUAUCCAUGUCAACGCUGUGGCCACAACUGCUUUUACCGAAGCAGUUGACAAGAACCUGCCCAACGAUGAGAUGCGGGAGCUGAUGAAGAAAGCUCUGCCAGUCGCGGAGCCGGCUCCCCCUGUCGUAUGGCUCACGCAUGAAGAUUGCAAGGUUAAUGGAGAGGUUUUCGGCGCCCAGGGUAGGAUUGUAUCUCGCAUUUUGUUGGCGGAGACCAAAGGCUUCCAGGGACUGCGUCGGAAUGAGUGGAUGGUUGAAACCAUCAGAGACAAUUGGGAUCAGGUGAUUGACGAGAAGGAGUAUGUUGUGCACACCAACGGCAACAACAUUGGCACGAUCCUUUUCGGACGGUUGUCUCACGACUUAUCUUAA